UUACGAGGAGUGCUAUUGUUGAUCAUCAGUAACUGUAAGGAAGUUAGUAACACACUGCCAUAUCAGUAACAGUGUUGGUAACGGUGGAGAGAAGUCAGUAUGCGAACUGAUUUAAUAGUGCGGGGUCGUAGAUGGUGUAGCUGCUGCUGAUGAUUUUCACUCCGACUUAGACUAAAGACCUUUAAAACUUUUAGUCUUUUUAAGACUGGCGACAGUAUUACUAGUACAGUAACGAUAAUUUUGCACAAUCAAGUUAUACGUGUACUUCACAUUGUGACGGCUAUACAAAUAACAUUAAUAGAUAAAUAUAUAUUUAUAUAUAUAUAUAUUUAUAGUAAAUCCUUGGACACUCCCUCGCAUCAAUUUAAAUUGUAACAUUUGAAGAAUAUUUGAAUCAAAAUGAUCUUGAAAAACCUUGGAGUCAUUUUGGCAAUUAUAACUGUGUUGAUAUCUUAUUGGUUAUAUGAGCCAUUGCCUGAUUCAGUAGCAGAACCUUGGAAGUUACGUACAGUAAUAGCAGGAAGUAAAGUCCUACAUGCUGUUUGUUCUGGAUUUGAGAAGACUGGAUAUGCAACAUAUUUGAACUGCACAAGACAAUUUUCCAAUGCGUAUAUCAGAAAUAUACAAAGCAACGACAAGAUAACAGUGGUUGAUGAAAACUUCAGUGGAGUGAAAGUUAGAAUUUACUAUCCAGCUGGAGUGAGAGAGAAAGACAAGACAAAAUUAUUACCUGGAAUUUUGUAUUUUCAUCCUGGUGGAUGGACAUUUGGCAGAAUGGGUGUUUCCCACAAUUUACUAGAGAGACUGACUCAGGAGACUGGCGCCGCAUUCAUUGAUGUUGAUUACCGACUGGCACCGGAACACAUUUUCCCAGUUCCUUUUGAUGACUGUCUAACAGCAACUGUACAUAUCUUGCGGAAUGGUGGGGUGUAUGGUAUUGAUAGUUCACGUAUAGCUGUUUCAGGUGAAAGUGCUGGAGGGAACUUAGCCACUGCUGUUGCACUUCGACUCGCAUCUGAAACUACGCUUCCUCGUAUUAAGAGUCAAAUUCUUCUGAGUCCUUUGCUUCAAGCUUUUGAUUUGUCCCUUCCUUCUUAUACUUUGCAAAAUUUGAGUAUUAACUUUAUGGAUAGAAAAUGGAUAGCUUCUUACUGGUUGCUUUAUGGCGAAGGGAAUACUGAAAACCUUGACAGUUUAUUAAAUAGUAACCACAUAAGCCCGUCAUUAAAAUCUUCUGAUUAUGCAAAGUCCGUUUCAAUAGACUUACUUCCAGAAGAAUUUCGUAAUCAGCCUCGUGUUAGUAUCAACACAACAAAAUAUGAUGAGAAAUUUGCUAUUCCAUUUGAAAGACUUUUGCUUAACCCCUAUUUUUGCCCCUUGUUUGGAAGAAAUCUUAAAAAUUCUCCCCCUGUAUAUAUGAUAUCAUGUGCAUUUGAUACUGUACGUGAUGAAAAUUUCCUAUAUGUACGCAAGCUAAAAGAUGCUGGUGUGGAAGUCCAACAUGAUCAUUACGAAGGUGCUGUUCAUGGUUUACCAACAAUUGAAUAUUUUGAUAUAAGUGACACAGUCAUAAAGAAGCUUUCAGAGUAUAUUCAAAACAGUAUAUAGUGCUUACCUUGUUCCCGUUUUGAAAUUUACCAAAAUAUUCCCUCCCACCUCUGCCACUAAUUUCUACCAAUUUCAUUUGGUUUAUUUAUUUGGUUUUGCAUAUUUUCUUUUUGAUUUAAUAUAUAAUGAAGAUAACUUUAUUUUUUUUUUUUGUCUUUACCAUUUUAUGAUCCUUAAUCACUAGUGUGGUGGUGUAUAACAACCUAAUAACAUUCGUUCAUAAUCCUUAGUCAAAUCAAGAACAGUUAUGGCAUCAAGAAAUAUUAUUUUCAACUUCAUAGCAUUACCUCUUUUCUAUAUUUCAUCACUACUGUUUCUCUUCUUCUAAUCUUCCUAAUCCGUUUUACUCACAUCUCUAGAACUCUAUUUCUAUGCCCAUGUUUACACCCAAGCCCCAAUCCACAGCAAUUCAGAUUCUUAGAAUGAGAGAACACCUAUUAUUUACCAACAUCUUGUUAUUGUUCAUGUGUUCUUAGGACUUAAGUUCUCAAGCAAGAAUCAGUUUUGCAGCAGAAACCUUCUUUUGUUUCUCUUAUAUCACUAAUCUCUUUGUAAAAAGUGAAUCAUUACAAUAUUUUCAUUUUCUUUUCUUUUUUUUUUUUUUCUUACUGAAAAUUCCAAGCUUCUUAGUUCAUUAUAUCACAGCACCAAAUACAAAUAACGCUGCACAUAUCAAAGAAAUAGCAACACACAACUAAAUCUUUCUUCCUUGCAAAUAACAAA